UUGCAAAUAAUUGUAAUUACGUUUUACAAUCACUUAUUUUAGUUAUUCAUAAUAUAAAACCAAACAGUUUAUAGUUUAAUUAUCGUGUAUGGCGUUUGUGGUGCAUUAGAAAUUAAUUUUCCCAUUGUUAAUAAUUCAUACUAAGUUAUAAAUACGAAAAAUAUAUAACCAGAUUUCAUUAUUUACGUCAAACAAAAUAUAAACAGAUCUGUGUCAUUUAACCAUUGAAAUGUCUGCAACAAGUGCUUUGGAGAAUAACGAGGACCUAGAAAAUAUUCCGUUGGUCAGGAUGGAGGACGUACAACCAGACAGAAGUUCAGAAAUGUAUAUAGUAAAUAAAAAAGAAAUAUUAGAAACUUGUGAUGUUGAUGAUGCUCAUUACGAUGAUGAAGAAGACUCGAAUAUAGGAAGUAUGAUGUCUGUUCAGUCUGAGGAGGUUAUUGGAGUUGAGGAUAAUGAUAAUACAGAACUCAUAGUGCCAGAACUUUUAACACCGGUGAAACGGGAAGUACCCCUGACCAUAAUAGUAGAGAGAGCAGAAGUUAAGCAAAAUCCAGACAGCUGGCCGACAUUAGAAAUAUUGCCAGGAGGUGUGAUUAAACAUGCUGAGAAUUAUGAAGGUGAUUUAGCGAGUUUGUAUCAGAGCGGAGACAUGGAUAAUGAAGACGAAGAACUCAUGUAUGCAUGUGCAAAAUGUCCACAGAGAUUUAAGUUUUUAUUCUGUUUAGUCAAGCAUGUGAAAUGGCAUGAAGAUCAAAAGAAAAAAGAAAAAGCACCAGACAGACUAAAGAUUAAGCCUUCUGAGAGAAAAUAUAUCUGUCUUCACACAAAUAAAAGAAAAGUCAUAUCAAAAUUAAAAACAAAGUGUAAGGUACCAAAGAGGGCAUAGCUUUAGAAACAAUAAUAAAACAAAACAUACAACUAUUUAAUUUAGUUCAAUUUUGAUGAGCGUCCAAAUAAUAUUGCGAUGUAUAUUAUAGGCCUUUAAUUAGAGUAAUUAAAUUUAUAGAUUUACAAAAAGACAUCAUUAUAAUUUUCAAAAGAUUUUAUAAAAUCCAAUUUAUUAGAAGUUUUGAAAAUUUAUUGAUUCAACUUUAGUGAUAUGUUUGUUAUACAAUUAUUAAAGUUUUGAGAGCCCGAAUUUACAACAGUUUACAAAAUUUUAGUCUAAAAGUGAAAAAUUGUAAAACUACUAAUUAAUUUUAUUUCUGUAAUAGUUACUGUCUCGUAUUUAGUCACAGUAAUACAAUGAUUUGUUGUAUAAAAUAUAAUAUAUAUAUAAGGAAACAAUUGCACAAGUAAUUAUUGGGAACUAUAAUAGUUAAAAAAAAUAUGGGAUAUUGUGCUAUCAGUUCUAGGACUAUGAGCAAAUUUGUCAAGACUUAUAUGGCAAGAUCAAUGAUGGCUUUUCAAGGCGCCUCGAGCAAUUAUGGUUUAGAAGCUGAAGUGUUAGGGUGACUAGAGAGAAGUAUUUUUGUGCUGGUAUGCUAAACCACGGAUCUUCCUCUUUUAAUGUACGCAUGUGUAAGUUGUGGUGUAUUUCGUCGUUUUAAGAUAUGUAAAAUAAUUUAUUGUAUGGACAGAUAAAAAUAAAACGUUUAAAUGUGCUAGUUAUUAUCAUCUAUUGAUUUUUUUAAAGCAGUAAUUAUGGCACAGAUAAAAGAAUACAGUUUUUAUUUUCAGGCAUUAUAAGUCGAAAUAAUGUUUCUUUAUUAUCAGUUAUUUUAAAAGUUGGACAUAUAAAUUAAUGAAUUCUCGAAAAUUUUUAUUUUAUAUUUAUUAGAAUAAUUUAUAUAGUAACAGCCUGUUACUAUUCCACUGCUGGGCUAAGGCCUUGAACUCAAGUUCAACCCACGGUCAUCGGUUAAGAUUCACGCGUUCUAACCACUAGGCCAUCUCGGCUUUAUAUAUAUAUAGGUUUUUAUUUUGUACAUGUAAAUUGACAUUUUCGGAAAACAAAGAUGUAGUGAAGUUGCUUAGAGCUUAAAAAGACAUUUUGUGGACCUUUUCUAGAAUUAACUUUGAUUAAUUUAAAAUUAAGAAAGUUAAUAAAAGUAAAUCUCUCUAUUUUUUUUAUUAAAAAAAAAAACCAAAAUAUAAUUUUAAACAAGCAAUUGUUUUACAAAUACAAAUUAACAUAAUUUUUAAUAAAUAUAUGAUAGCUUUUUUAAAUUAAAAAAAACCGUUUUCCGUUGUUCAGUGUCUGUAGUAAUGAAUAGUGUUAUAGAUAAUUAUAGCAUAGUGCCACAAAUGACCGCAUCACAUUAUCAUAAUAAAAAAUUAUUAAUUAUUAGCAUUCCAGUAUGAAUGGUGCGUGAUAUGAGAUACAAAUAUGUAUUUUAAACAAUUAAAACAAUGUUAUUCCUGGACAAAGAAGUUUGUGUAAAAACUCAAAAGGUUUAAAAAUGGUAUUAAUCUAGAAAUAAAUAUAUUAAUUUCUAAAUAAACCUAACAAUUCUGGAUCAAGAGUAAAGUAUGUGUAAUUUUUUUUUUAAAUAUUUGAUGCGGUUAUAUUGGUGUGUGUAUAGUUUUAAAAUAAUGUUUCUUAAUAUAUUUUCGUUGAUAUUUCUAAGUUUAUUUGUAUGAUUUUAAUUGUGUUUAAGCUAUUUUAAUUGAUAUAAGAGUUGAAUACAUUUGACACAUGCGGCCUGUCUAAUGUGGUGGUCAUUUUGUUUAAAGAUUCUAUUUAAUUUUCAAUAUGAUUUUGCAUUGUUACAAAAAAAGUAUUUAUUUAGACCCACCACGAUUGUUAGUCAAUUAAAAGGAAAAUUAAAUUUUAUUGUUGGUUGUAAA